AUGGAUUACGUUGAGAAGAGAAUGGCUGCUGAAGCCCAAAGACCUGCCGGUGCAGAAGUCGCCAGCCUAGCCACCCCAAUCAACCUCCUCCUCCUCAGUCUCCUCGCCCUCCUCACCUACACAACCUUCCGCCCCAAAAAGGCCGUCCCUAUUCCCAGCGCUCCAUCCCCCAUCGUCUUCCGUACCUUUACACCCCCAGAGCUCGUUCCCUUCUCCGGCCUCAACAACACACCCGUGUAUCUCUCGGUACGCGGCCGCGUCUUCGAUGUUAGCAAUGGAAGGAAUUUUUACGGACCAGGUGGCCCGUAUGAGAAUUUUGCCGGGAGAGAUGCGAGUCGGGGAUUGGCGAAGGGAAGUUUUGAUGCGGAGAUGUUGACGGAGGAUUUGCAGGGGGAGUUGGAUACCCUGGAGGAUUUGGAUGCGGAUGAGUUGGAGGCGUUGAGGGGGUGGGAGGAGAGAUUUGAGGAGAAGUAUUUGGUGGUUGGACGAUUGAUUAGUUGUAAGGAGAAGGAGAGGGAGGAUAGGGAGAAGGCGGAGAAGGCUUAG